AUGGAUCUCCCUGAUCCAUAUCUACCGGGUGCCAUCAGUUUAUUUGAGCAACUGGACAAAAAACUCGUUGUGGUUCUUCGUGAUGGAAGGAAGUUGAUCGGAUAUCUAAAGUCCAUAGAUCAAUUCGCUAAUCUGAUACUCGAAGAUGUGGUGGAACGCACUUUUGUUGACAAGUAUUACUGUGACAUUAAUCAAGGAUUUCUUUUGAUACGUGGGGAAAACGUCGAAAUCGCUGGAGAGAUCGACGAGUCCAUCCCAAUGAUUCACCAACAG